CUCCUCGCUCGCCGUCGACGGUUUCAACAAACUUUAUUGUCAGCAGUCGCCGGCCGCAAUGUCAAAGAUGGGCGCGCGGGUUACGCGUAUGUUCCGAAAUUUCAACCUAGAAAACCGGGUGUUCCGAGAACUGUCAAAGGAGAAGCCGCAGGCGGCGCCGCGACACGAGGCCGCUCUCCCGCCGUCUGCCGGCGGCUCUGAAGCGGUGGAGGCGAUGAACCAGAAGAACGCGCCGCUGCUGAGCCUCCUCCGGUCCGUGUAUGUGGAGUCCAAGGACCCAGAAGCAGCAGCAGCAGCAGCAGCAGAGGUGUCAAAGGAAGUGACUGGGGAUGAUGAGGCAGGGCGCCGUCCGCUCAGGUUCAGUUUACCAGGGGAGCAGUAUGGUCUGGUGGAGCUCACGGACGUUCCCAAAGGUAAACUGACCAUCCCUGAGGCACUGAAGGCCCUGAGCAGCCACCAUCGUCAGCCUCAGACGUGGACGGCAGAAAAGAUUGCUCAGGAAUAUGUGCUUGACAUGAAAGACACAAAGGCUCUCGUGGAGUUCUUCAUCCCCUUCCAGGUCAAGAUCAUUCCGCCUGAGAGUGGCGGUGCCAAGCAGAUAAAGGCUUCUUAGGACUGGAUCAGGAGAAACAAGAUAAAAUGUUUAAUAGAUUUAUCUAUGUAUGUCAACAUAUAGCCUUUGGGAGAGUGACCUGACUGGAUAUGGCAGAGUUUGGACACAAUGGAGAUCUUCUAAGGUUGAUGAAGCAAACUACGAAGAAUCAAAUGAUAGAAUAAAUAAAUAGCUCGCUGUAUAUUUUACAAGCAUUUCAUUUUCAGUUAUAGCAUUGUUUCUUACAGCCCCUUUGGAGAUUCUUUUGUGCUGAUUCAAAUGCAACACAAACGUAUUUAUAUUGGAGAGAUCCACAACCACUUCAGAAAACCUAGUUCAAAGGAUUGUGUCUUGUUGCCAGGAUAAUAGCAUCCAUCAUUUAUGUCUAUCUGUUCCAUUCAGCUUUUUUUUCGAGACUAACAAGAACUUAUUGUAGCUCUACUCAACGUUCCGAGCAAUGCUAAAUGCUGUCCAUUCGGCAAAAAAACCCUUCAAUAUUAAAGUUGUUUAAAAGGCCAGUAUCGCAGUUCAAAUUUGUUGAACACAUCUGCAGUGUGAAACUAAGACCCUUUUUUCUCUGCAUUUGUUUUGUUUUUAACACCAUUAAUGUGGAAGCUGGGAAAUGAAUUUCUUAAUGUAGUUGAAUUUUGACAUGUCUGGCAGAUUCUGAGCUCUUCAAAGAAAAUUGAAAAGGAAGUAACAACAUCAAGCUCACGAUACAAAUGUUAAGAUUGACCAUGUGACACUAGCACCAUCUUGCUGCACAUACGCACACUUUCUGAAAAUAAAAUGAUUUGUCUUCUUA